UAGUUUCCCAAAGGCAGCAGUGUUUCGGAACCAAGAAGCGCGGUGCACUGGUUCUCGGGCGAGCUCCUCUCCUAGACGGACCAGCCUCCCGCCGGGGUUGCCUUGGAAACAGAGCGCUCCGUGAGCACAGCUAAUCUCCCAGGAGCGGCCUUUGCUGUCUGCAGAGGGGGCUCACAGGACCGUCGCCAAGAUGAUGCUUUCAAGGGCCAAACCUGCUGUAGGUGGGGAACCACCACAGACUAACAAAAGGAAGAAGAAAGGUAGGAAGAUUCCAAAACUAGAGGAGCUACUCUCACAAAGAGAUUUCACUGGAGCUCUUACUCUUUUGGAGUUCAAGCGUCAUGUUGGGGAACAAGAAGAGGAUACGAAUUUAUGGAUUGGAUACUGUGCUUUUCACCUGGGUGACUACAAGAGAGCUCUGGAGGAAUAUGAAAAUGCAACGAAAGAGGAAAAUUGCAAUCCUGAAGUCUGGGUGAACCUAGCCUGCACCUACUUUUUUCUUGGGAUGUAUCAACAGGCGGAAGCAGCGGGAUUUAAAGCUCCAAAAAGUCGACUCCAAAAUCGCCUGCUCUUCCAUUUGGCCCAUAAGUUUAAUGAUGAGAAGAAAUUGAUGAACUUUCAUCAAAAUCUUCAGGAUAUCACUGAAGACCAGCUCAGUUUGGCUUCAAUCCACUAUAUGCGGUCUCAUUACCAAGAGGCAAUUGAUAUAUAUAAGCGAAUACUGCUGGAUAACAGGGAAUACCUUGCCCUCAAUGUCUAUGUGGCCCUCUGCUACUACAAGCUGGAUUACUAUGAUGUGUCUCAAGAAGUUCUGGCUGUUUAUCUACAGCAAAUUCCUGACAGUACCAUUGCACUCAAUCUGAAGGCCUGUAAUCAUUUUCGCCUUUACAAUGGGAAAGCAGCUGAGACAGAACUCAAAAGCUUGAUGGACAGCGCUCCCUCCUCCUUUGAAUUUGCUAAAGAACUCAUCAAGCACAAUCUGAUGAUGUACAGGAAGCUUAUAACUUAAUUAAGGAUCUGGAACCUACUACCCCCCAGGAGUACAUCCUCAAAGGAGUGGUCAACGCAGCCCUUGGCCAGGAAAUGGGUUCGAGGGAUCAUAUGAAAAUUGCCCAGCAGUUCUUCCAGUUGGUGGGCGGAUCUGCAAGUGAAUGCGAUACAAUACCAGGGAGGCAGUGUAUGGCUUCCUGUUUCUUCCUGCUUAAGCAAUUUGAUGAUGUCUUGAUUUAUCUCAACUCAUUUAAGAGUUACUUCUAUAAUGAUGACAUCUUUAAUUUUAAUUAUGCCCAAGCCAAAGCUGCAACGGGCAAUACCAGUGAGGGUGAAGAGGUGUUCCUCUUGAUCCAAAAUGAGAAGUUGAAAAAUGAUUACAUUUACCUCAGUUGGUUAGCUCGCUGCUAUAUCAUGAAUAAGAAACCAAGACUAGCCUGGGAACUUUAUCUCAAGAUGGAAACCUCUGGCGAGUCCUUUAGUCUCUUACAGCUCAUUGCUAAUGACUGUUACAAGAUGGGCCAGUUUUACUAUUCAGCCAAAGCUUUUGAUGUCCUGGAGAGGCUGGACCCCAACCCUGAAUACUGGGAAGGCAAAAGGGGUGCGUGUGUGGGCAUUUUCCAGAUGAUCCUAGCUGGGAGAGAACCCAAAGAGACCCUCCGAGAAGUGCUCCAUUUACUGAGAAGCACGGGUAACACCCAAGUAGAGUAUAUCAUCCGAAUCAUGAAGAAAUGGGCCAAAGAAAACAGAGUACCUGUCUAAAAUAGCUCGAGAGACCCAGUGCUAAGAACUAGCUUCCGUGUUGAUGUAAAAUUGGAAAUCACUUUCCUCAAGUUGAAAGAAGGCCUCGAGACAGUGACUGACUUGCUUAGACCUAACCCUGCCUCAACAAAGCACCGGGUCUGUGCUGUGGCCCUGGAUGAUCACACUAGCAAUAAGACUUUGGACUUAUCCGGUGCCUUCCAGAAAUACUCGAGUAUUCUUACGUAAUUUACUGACUUUAUGGAGAACAAUGUAGCCUUUUUUUUCUUUUCAUGAUAACAUUUCAUGACAUUUUCUCCCAGCUGCAAUAACAAUGUCUUUGAUGCUCAAGAAGCACUUUCAUCCUGCUGUCUUACUUUUAACCAUCUCUGCACAUUUUCCCCUUCUAGUGGGGAUUCCAUAAAAGGUUUUAUGAAAUAUCUCUGAGUCCUGGGAGAACAAAGAUUUUAACCAGCUGUGGGACUCUGAGAACAGAAGGAGCUCCUGUGUCAGACUAUCCAGUCAUUAAUAGAUAACAGGCUUGUAGGAUUACUGAUUCAGUGCUUAAACUCUUGGCAUAACAACGUGUGGCAGUGUAGCAAGAUGAGCACGGGAAAUUUUUUUAAAGUGAGGGCUGUGGAUGUAGCUCAGUGGUAGAACAUUUGCCUAGCAUGCACAAGGACCUGGGUUCAAUCCCCAGUACAGGAAAAAGAAAGUGAGUAUUAUGGAAAAAAUGUUUGUGUUGUGCCUUGGUACAUAUUCAAGCAAAAAAGUAUAUAAAUCUCAUUAGCCACUUCUCCAUUAUAUUUUAGAUAACAAAGCAGGUUAUGGUUUUUCUUAAUGUAUCUACUGAAUAAACAUCAUUUUGAAACCAGGCUAUCAAGGGAAGAGAACAAACAGUGCCAGAAAUAAUUGGAGGCACUGAAGUUGGAAGAAUUCUCAUAAGCACUACAUUUGUUUGCCCCUUUUCUCCAACAUCUCACUGUGGCUGGGAGAGUUGCAUAGAAAGGAGAUGGGAACACAGCAAGCGUUACAGCAGCCUAGGAGAGGAGACCAGAGAUUGCAAGUAGCCUUUACCUCUGGAUGGUUGUGAGAGGCUCUCUCAGCUUGGCUCAGGACGACUGGUUUUCCUAUCUCUUGUUAGACUCAGAUCUAAUCAGGCUAGAGCACAAAUCAAAUGAAACUGGCCCAAAUAACUGAAUCCUAAGAAACAGAGCUACGUCAUUUUUCAUAUGCCAAAGCUUCUCUGUUUCAUUAUGCCGAGGCUAAAUUUUCAAUAAUAACUGGUUGUAAGCAUCAAAGGUACUAGGUGGGUCAGAUCUGGGCAGAACUUGCUAUCAUUUUUUUGAAUCAUUCUGGCCUAAAAUAUUUGGAAACACAGUAGUGGAAACAACAGAUUGAAACUUCUCAGUAGCUUUUGGCAAUUAAAUUUGUCUUCCAGGGAAUUGCUGUUAAUUUCAAGCUUCCUGAACUUGAAAAGCUUUCCCAUUGAUGGUGAUUUACUUCUAAAUAAGCUUUCACUGAAUUUAAUGCUCAGGAUUCUACCAGAUAUUUUCCUCUGUCUUGGGGAAAUGCCCGCAUGUUCCAAACACAGCAGUGUUAGGAUUGAGCCAGAAGCAUAAAGACCAGUGUAAACGGAAGUAGCACCCAAUUGUGUUAAGGUAACUACUUGUGGAGCAUCUUGACAGCGCCUCACGAUACACGGCUGCUUUCGUCAUAUGUGAUGUAGGAGAGAGGAAGGUCCAGGCUUAGGAAUGUAGUGUAAUGUGUACAGUUUAGAGCACCAAUGUACUAUUUAUAGGCCAUAACAUAUAUUACUUACAAAUGGGAAAAAAUCUUUUACAAUUAUUUUUGUACCUCCAAAGAAUUAGUAUAUACCACUGUAUUAUAUUCAAAUUAAAGUUUAUUAUUUGGUUCUUAU